AUGGGGGGUUUAGAGCUUGCUGAUACUCAUUUCCGAGUCUCUGCACCAAUUCACCUUCUCGUCGGUGCUGAUGUUUUUGGUCAGGUCAUCAAGCCCAAUGUGAUCAGAGGAGGGGUUCAGGCUCCAGUCGCUCAACUCACCAGCUUUGGCUGGAUUGUUUACGGACCAGCGGGACCUGAUCAACCAACAUCUUGCUCUUCUCAUCACCUCAGUGUAUCGAACGACGAGCUUCUGAGAAUGACCUUCUCACGAAGUUUUGGGUUCAGGAGGAAGUUCCUGGGCGCGAAUUCCGCUUGUCGUUCUGACGAGACGACCUUAGCACAUGGAGCGCAAGCUUCAGGAGGGUUGAGGGUCUCUGAAGGGCUUCAGGUAGGGCCGUCUGACGCUCAAAAGAGUUACUAUCUACCUCAUCAUGGUGUAGUCAGAGAGAGCAGUGAAACGACGAAACUGAGAGUAGUGUUCAACGGAUCAGCGAAGACCAGUUCGGGGAAAUCACUCAACGACAUUCUCCACACAGGAGUCAAGUUGCAGAGGGAUAUCUCAGACGUGCUGCUCUGGUCAAGACAGCACAAAGUCAUCUUCAUGACGGACAUCACCAAGAUGUUCCGCCAGAUUAGAGUUCACAAGGAUGACUGGGCCCUGCAGCAGAUUCUAUGGACCGACUCACGUGGAGAACUAGUCACGUAUCAACUGACAACAGUCACAUACGGCACGAGAUCAGCUCCGUUUCUCGCAAACCGUGUUCUUCUUCAGCUGGCUGAGGAUGAAGGACAUCGGUUCCCUUUGGCCGUCUCGCCUAUCGUAAAAGGAAGAUACGUUGACGACAUCUGUGGAGGUGCGGAUACGCAUGACCAACUCGUUAGGACUGCGAAAGAAGUUCGUGAUCUCUGCGCUGCUGGAGGAAUGCCUCUGGCAAAAUGGCAUAGUAAUAGUCCAGCGCUACUCCAGUGGCUCGCUCCUGAUAGUGCCUCCAAUGACCAGCGAGUUUAUGAGGAUUCGGAGACCCGGAUUCUUGGCUUGUCGUGGCAGCCCAGCUCGGAUAACUUCGUCUUCUCAAGUCGGACCAGCGAUGAAUCGAAGGUUUCUAAGAGGAAUAUCCUCUCAGAGAUCGCUCAGAUCUAUGACCCACUCGGAUUUCUAUCUCCUAUCGUGAUCAGAGGGAAACUGCUCAUGCAGGAGACUUGGAUUGGAAAGCUCGGUUGGGAUGAGGAAGUCCCAGAACAAGUUGCCCAGCGUUGGAAAAGUUUUCGAAAUGAUCUCACUCUGCUCUCGAAGUUAUCUGUUCCAAGAUGGUUAGGCCUUCUCCAGAACUCGUCGAUUGAAAUCCAUGGAUUCUCAGAUGCUUCUGUUCUCGCGAUGUUAGCCGUAGUCUAUCUCAAAAUCGUUAAUGGAGAUGAAGAGCCUCAGAUUUUUUUGGUCUGCGCUAAAACGAAAGUAUCUCCUCUCAAACGGCUGACAAUCCCAAGGCUAGAGCUCACAGCUGCGGUUAUGCUUGCCAAACUCGUAAAGUACGUGAAAGGAGAGCUCAAUCUCUCGAACGCUCCGACGUUUUUAUGGACCGACUCCUCAGUUGCGCUUACGUGGAUCAACUCGCACCCGUCCAGAUGGAAAGAGUUCGUGAAAAAUCGUGUCCAACUCAUGCAAGAGACCUCACGAGCUCAAUGGAAACUCGUUCCUGGCAAGGAAAACCUAGCUGACUGCGCAUCUCGUGGACUAACGACAGCGCAGCUCUCUGCACAUGAACUCUGGUGGCACGGACCACCGUGGCUCAUGAAAAGCUCAUCGACGUGGCCAUCUCUAGAGCUUGCUUCAGUGACAUCAGCAGAUCUUGAAGAGAAACCUGGUGUCGUUCUGAACGUGAAGGUCCAGCGUAUACAGAUUGGGGAUUUAGUUCAUCGCUAUUCUUCACUCAACAGAUUGCUUCGAAUUACGGCCAUCUGCCAAUGCAUCAUUGCUCGUCUCAGAAGAAUUCCUGGAUCAUCGUUAGCAACAGCUCUGAACCCUGGUGACAUCGAGCAGGCCCGACUGCUUUGGGUCAAGCUCACUCAGUCUGCGGAUUUUUCAGCUGAGCUUACGACCUUGUCCAGAGGGCAACGUCUUAAUUCGUCUCACUCGCUCACUCGAUUGACAGCGUUCCUGGACCACCGGGGAGUUCUACGCGUUGGAGGGCACCUGAAAUUUGUUCAGCUUGACUGCGAAAAUAAGCAUCAGAUCAUCGUACCUUGGGAUUCGCAGUUCGCUCAGCUCAUCAUUCAGGAUGUCCAUCUGAGGACUCUGCAUGGAGGAACGCAGCUGACUGUCGGUCAACUAACUCAGAAGGUCUUACUGGAUCCUCGGAGGAAGAGCCCCGGUAAGAUCAUUCAUCCUGAGGUGCGUUCCAUGCGCCAGACAGCGAGGGAUCAGAGCUCAACAGCUCAUGGGCCAGCUCCCAGUUGCUCGUCUCACACCUGGCCGAGCGUUCCUCAACACUGGAGUUGA